AUGAUCAAUGAAGAGAUUUCGACAAUAUUUGUCGUUGGUUUUCCUGAUGAUAUGCAAGAACGUGAAUUUCAAAACAUGUUCAUCUUUUCUCCUGGUUUUGAGGCUGCCACUUUGAAAAUUCCACAAAAAGAUUCUUCUGAUGACGAUGCUUCUACAAAUGGUAGUACCGGAAAUGGUAGUUCAACGAAUGCAAGAAAACAAAUUAUUGGCUUUGCUAAAUUUCGUACAAGGCUUGAAGCUCUUGAUGCCAGGGACAGACUAAGCGGUAGAAAAGUUGAUGCAGAAAAAGGAUCUGUCCUUAAAGCAGAAAUGGCAAAAAAGAAUUUGCAUACUAAACGUGGCCUCUCAAACGAACAAAAUAACAGUUCUGUUAAUUCUGUUGCUUCUACUGUUUCUGCUGUUGGUCUACCUCUUCUACCUCCUUCAACAAAAAGAUUUCCUACUCCUGGUAGUAUAAACACAAAUCCUUACGAAGCAUUCAAUGGCGUGCCUCCUUUUGCUCCUCCACCUCUUCCAAGUGAUCUUUUAUCUCCUCAAGAUUAUGGCUAUGAUUUCUAUUCUGAUGUCAGUGUAUACACUCCUACUACUCCAACCACCCCUGUGUUUCCGGACCAAACACCCUUUUCAUCUGCACGUGGAUCUUUCGACGCUACAAAUGGUGCCAUCAACGGUCUUGUUCCUCCAUCUCGUCCUCUUAGCAAUGGCAUCAGAUACGGUACAACUAAAGGUUUCUUUGACAAUGUCGAUGAUCUAAACUACCUUUCAAAAUCAAAUCCUGUAGAAAUUAUUUCUAAAACUGCAAAAAGUUCAACAAACGGAUUUAGACCACCCAAUUCUGCUGAUCAAAAUCCACCUUGUAACACCCUUUACGUUGGAAAUUUACCCAUGAACACUUCUGAGGAGGAACUGAAACAAAUGUUUUCACGUUGUCCAGGCUACAAACGUAUGUGUUUCCGUACAAAACAAAAUGGGCCAAUGUGUUUUGUUGAAUUUGAAGAUGUUAGUUUUGCAACCCAAGUCAUGAAAGAACUUAAUGGAAAUCAUCUCAGUAAUUCAGUUAAAGGUGGAAUCCGUUUGAGUUUUUCAAAAAAUCCUCUAGGUGUUAGAAGCAACGCUAAUGGCAGUUGUCACGGUGCCUUUAACGGUCUCAGUAGUUUCAAUCCUGAAAGACGUGGUUCAUUUCAUAGUUUAACUGAUCAUCGAAGAGACUCCACCUUCAACUUGGAAAGAAGAGAUAGCACUUACAGCUUAACUGAUCAUCGUAGAGAUUCUACUUUCAGUUUAGACAGAAGGGAUUCUACUUUUAGUUUGACUGGUUGUGGUAUUGGUACUAAUAAUUCAGCAAUUGGUUUGGUAUCUGAUUCUAUUCAACCACAAUCUUAUAUUGAAAGAUUUAAUUUCGAACGUAGAGAUUCAUCAUCAUCAUUUUUCACAUCACCUGAACGUAGAGAUUCAUUAAGAGAAGCAUUAUUUGCACCUGAGCGCAAAAAUUCGUUCUCUUUUGAUCCGCAACUUGCAUAA